AUUCCAAAUAAACAACUUGAGCGGCAGAAAAAGUCCCAUAAGCCCUUGCUUCAAACGGCGAUGAAGCAGGGAAGAAGGUCAGGCGGCGGCGGCCUUCAGGCGCUUCGCAGACACAUAGAAACAUGUAGAAGCAAGUACUCCACCGCCGAGCAGAUCGUAGAUCAUCUUCGCUCUGCUUACCCCCAGUAUGGGCGGCAGAAGGUGCAGCCAUUCACCAAACGCGUUCAGGACGUCCUUCAGACCAUCAAUUCGAGAGGUAGCUUGGUAGAAGACAGCAGCGAUGAGAGCAGCGACCAAGCGAAUCCCCCCAGAAAGAUACCGAGGAGAAUCGACGAGAGCGAGAAGAGAUUGCAGCAAAUCGAGGCUCAACAUCUUAGGAAUAUGCAAAGGAAGGAGGAAUUGUCGUCGUCGGAUUCCGAGUCUUCUGAGGCCGGGAGUGAUUCCACGCCUACUUCAUCCUCAUCGCUGGAUGCGGUUUACGGAGAGAAGAUUGAGCCGAAGCACGAUUUGAUGCGGUCCAUGCUUCGAAACCAAUACAGCGAACAGAAGGCAAAAACCACUCCCAAAUCGAACGCUAAAGUUAUGGAAGUGGAGGUUGUGAAUAACAGUGAUGCCAAUAAGGUGAAAAAGAAAGUUUCUUUAUUGAAAGGAAAGCAAGUUUUACCCUCCUCGCCCGCUGUUAACUUGGGGAAAAAGGGGCCAGAACUAGGAGGAAUAGGGAUUGAAAGCAAUGCUGACAAGCCAAAUGCUGGGCCGAAAUUUAAGGACCUAGGAGGAAUGGGUUCUGUGGUAGAGGAAUUGAAGAUGGAGGUCAUGGUUCCAUUAUACCAUCCACAGCUACUGAAACAUCUAGGAAUUAGGCCAAUGUCAGGGAUCCUCUUUUAUGGGCCACCGGGGUGUGGGAAGACAAAGCUAGCUCACGCUAUUGCUAAUGAAACUGGAGUUCCCUUUUACAAGAUUUCUGCUACUGAACUGGUCUCCGGGAUUUCAGGUGCAUCAGAAGAGAAUAUACGUGAAUUAUUCUCAAAAGCUAACCGGACAGCACCAUCUAUUGUAUUUAUUGAUGAGAUUGAUGCCAUUGCUUCAAAAAGAGAAAAUGUGCAGCGAGAAAUGGAACGGCGAAUUGUAACACAAUUGAUGACAUGCAUGGAUGAAUCACAUAGAAAUGUGCAACAUGCAGAUGGGAAUUCUGCUUCAGAACGUGUUGAUGGUGGACAUGGAAAUGCAAUGCAAGAAGGAUAUGAUGGCAAAUCCAGCCAUGUUUUAGUUAUUGGAGCUACAAACAGACCUGACUCCAUUGACCCUGCAUUAAGGAGGCCUGGACGAUUUGACCGUGAGAUUGUUUUAGGCGUUCCAGAUGAGAAUGCUAGGGCUGACAUUUUGUCUGUGCUGACACGUAAUCUUAAAGUUGAAGGUGAAUUUGAUCUCAUGAAGAUAGCAAGGUCCACCCCUGGCUUUGUUGGAGCUGAUUUGGGUGCACUGACUAAUAAGGCUGGUAACCUUGCAAUGAAGAGAAUUAUAGACCAGAGGAAGACUGAGCUUUCUGAAGAACCUGUUGGUGUUGAACAUAAUGAAGAAUGGUGGAAAAAACCAUGGUCCCCUGAAGAGAUGGAAAAAGUCAGCAUUACCAUGGCUGAUUUUGAGGAAGCAGUUAAAAUGGUUCAACCCUCUUCUAGGAGAGAAGGUUUUUCUGCUAUUCCAAAUGUUAAAUGGGAAGACGUUGGAGGGCUUGAAUUGCUAAGGAGGGAGUUUGACCGUUAUAUUGUUAGACGUAUAAAGUAUCCAGAAGUUUAUGAGGGUUUUGGAGUGGAUUUGGAGACAGGUUUCUUGCUCUAUGGCCCACCAGGCUGUGGGAAAACAUUGAUUGCAAAGGCUGUUGCUAAUGAAGCUGGAGCAAAUUUCAUACACGUCAAGGGACCUGAACUUCUGAGCAAAUAUGUUGGUGAAGGAGAAUUUAACAUCCGGACACUAUUCAACCGUGCGAGGACAUGUUCACCAUGCAUAAUUUUCUUUGAUGAGGUGGAUGCUUUGACAACAGAGCGUAAUAAAGAAGGGAGCUAUGUUAUAGAGCGGAUGUUGAACCAGUUGCUGAUAGAAUUAGAUGGUGCAGAACAACGCAAGGACGUUUAUGUUAUUGGAGCAACAAAUAGGCCAGAAGCAAUGGACAGGGCUCUGUUACGACCUGGAAGGUUUGGAAAGCUCCUCUAUGUCCCACUACCUAGUCCAGAUGAACGUGGGCUUAUCUUAAAAGCUCUUGCAAGAAAAAAAUCUAUAGAUCCCAGCGUAGACUUAGCAGCCUUAGGAAGACAUGACUCUUGUAAAAAUCUAAGUGGAGCUGACCUCUCAGCACUGAUGCUUGAAGCUGCUAUGGCCGCUGUUGAUGAGAAGUUGGAAUCAUCGUCAUCAAAUAUGAGCGUAUAUGGCGUAUCAACUACCAUUAAAGAUGUGCAUUUCGAAUUGGCUCGGAAAAAAAUUACUCCCUCGGUUUCUGUGGAGCAAAUAGAAUAUUACAGAGUUUUGUCUCAAAACUUCAAAGCAGCAUGAGAACAGACCUAUAUGGUAUGGAUUUACACUUUGGAACUAAAGACUCGUUCUUGAGAAUGAGUCGAUAUAUCCCUCUCGUCUAGUCAUCUGGUUGUUUCAUACACCCAAAUGCUUUUUGGCCUUUAAUAGAUGUACAGAUUAUGAUGCUACUGGUGUCCGGGACGAGAGAAAUUUUGCAAAUCUGGAGAUUAAUUUUGUAGGCUCUUUUUAAUGUUUAUACCCCAUCUGUGAUGGGGAAGUUUUGAAGCUCCUAGGGACUAUAUUCGGUUGAAGUUAUUUUAAAAAUGUUUGCUGUUAUAUGUACACUAUUAAUUGUUUUGUAAAAGGAAGAUUUGGAAUGGAAAAAGAAAAGAAGUUAGGUUUGUGCUUGGACAGUUUUGACUUUUGAGAUUUAAGUUUAAUUUGUCAGAUUGGGAAAUUUUAUGGUUUGUUGAAUGUUAUGUUUACAAGUGUUCAUAUUCAAGUA